UGUAGAAUCACCACAACAGAUCAGUUACUAUAGUUGUUACCAUAGCAACUGUAGAAUUACCACAAUAGAAUUACUUUAGUUGUUCUGUUACCGUAGCAACUGUAUAAAUAUUAUGGCAGUUCAGUUGUUGAGUUACCAAAGCAACUACAGCAUCACCGCGGCAGAUCAGCUGAAGUAUGGUUCUGGUGUUUACUAUAAAUGACCGCAGUAUUUUUUUCAUGUGGACUUAUGUGUGUUUGUUUGUUUUUCAAUCUCAGAUAUUUUGGGAUUUGUGUUUCUGUAGCUGUAAUUAACUGGAGAAAUGAUGCAAACGGACCAAUCAGUGGAUCAUGUUGGAAGGUUGAGUGUGUUUUUACUGUUGCACUGGUUUUCUGUUUUCUGUGUGUGUGUGUGUGUGUGUGUGUGUGUGUGUGUGUCCUGAAGAAGAGCACACACUCCUUCAUUCGUCCACAUUGCGUUCACCUCCUCUGCAUGUGUCCUCAUCCAGCACAGUUAUAUGCCUGAGUCUGCUGACGUGGCCAACAAUAUCACACUAUACAGUUUGUAUAUUGGAAUCUGUUAUUAAAUCGUCAAAUCCUCAUGCAUCGCAGUGUUGUUUUUAAUAGCAUAUGUUGAUUAACCAAACUAGCGGACACGCUUUUAUUCUCACGUUUGUGUGUGCCACUAUACGAUUCAUCUCUAUUUCUCUAGCACAUCUACAACGUAGGUUGUGUCGCGGCAGCUGAUCACAGAAGUUCUAGUAGGCUGAAGCUGUGUCUGUUCAGAAGUUCAGUUCAGUUCAGUUCAGUGUGGUUUAAUCUUUACUGCUGAGAGUCCAAACACUGAAGAGCAAAUCCAUCCAUGCGCAGCUCCACACGUCCCAAUCCAAGCAAGAUGGUGGAGACCGUGGAGGAUCAACCUUCACCAAUUGUAGUCUUUCACAAUGCAGAGACUGGAGCUGUCUGUUAAAAACCGUUUCAUUCGCAACCCGUGUGGAGAAACACACACACACACACACACACACACAUAAAAACCUUCAGUGUGUGUGUUUGUAGAGCUGCUGCAGGGUUAUCAAUGAUGUCGAGUCUCCAUCAGGAUCAUCAGACGCUCAGACACAGGAAACUCACUGAUGAGGAUGAUGAUGAUGGUGAAGGGAGGAGUGUGGUGAAGCUCCAGAGUAAAUGGAACACCGUCCACCUGUCAGGGGUGUGUGUGUUGUUGACUGUCUCCCUCAUCAAGUUGCUGGAUGCCUGCCACUCCUCCUCCUCCUCCUGGGUUCUGCUCAGCUCUGGAUCCUCCAUCUGGGACUGGUGGUCAGUGUGUGUGCUGCUGUCCUUUACUGUCCUGCAGGUGGCGCUCUAUUAUUUACCUGUUGGACAGGAGACAGAAGGGAAGAUCGGCCCGAACGGAAAACCGUUAAAAUACAAACUCAAUGGUCUGUGUGCAUUCUCUGUGACCCUCCUCCUGCUGCUGGGUGUGUGGUUCUGUGGUGUUCUGCGUGCCGCUGCCGUCAGUGAGCGGGUCUUCUCUCUGAUCAGCGCUGGAGCCGCCGUCGCUCUGAUGCUCAGCUUGAUGCUGUUCCUGAGCCCUCCACACACACACUCCUGCACACAUGUACAUUACGACCACACAGCAAAGCCGCUGCUGCAGUUUGUUCUGGGCCAGAAAAUGGAUCCUCGUCUCGGCCUCAUCGAUGUCAAACACUUCGUGAUGGUCAGGAUUGGGUUCAUUGGCUGGGCAGUGAUGAAUGUGCUGUAUCUGCUGUCAGCUGUAGAGAUGGAGGGAUCUGUUUCUCUCUCUCUGCUGCUCGUCGUUCUCUUCCAGCUCAUCUAUAUUCUGGACUUCCUUAUUGACGAGGGAUCAGUGUUGACCACUAAAGAGUUCACAGAGGAGCCCAUCGGCUUCAUCAUGAUUCUGGGCGAGUUCAUCUGGAUCCCGUUCUUCUCCAAUCUUCCUGUUUACUUCCUGCUUCAGAGGCCCAAUCACAUCCACUUCCUGUCCGCCGUGCCCAUCUGCCUGCUGUUCGGUGUUGGCUUCCUGAUUUACUACCUGUCCAACGAGCAGAAAGAUGGUUUCCGCAAAAAUCCAGAUGAUCCGGCAUACGCUGGUCUGAGCACAAUCCGCAGCCCAUCAGGAAAGAGUCUCUUGGUGUCGGGAUGGUUCGGAUGGGUUCGACACCCUAACUAUCUAGGAGACGUGAUGAUGAUGUUGGCCUGGUGUCUGCCCUGCGGCUUCACCAGCGUUUUGCCGUAUUUGCCAGCGCUGCAGUGCUUUCAUUUACUGAGGCAACGAGCCAAUGAGAUUGAAGAAUCCUGCUUGAAGAAGCAUGGAGACGCCUGGCGGGAAUACUGUCGCCGAGUGCCGUAUAAACUGCUGCCCUAUAUAUACUAACUCUCUGAUGAUGAUGUCACAGGAUAGUGCUGUAGAAAAUCAACCAUUUUAAUAAAUCCAUACUUAACAUACUGAAGAAAA